UCCUUUCCCAUUUUUGUUUUUUGUAUCAUUGCUUGCAAAUGUUAGAAUGUGAUUUUGAUGUUACAUAGAAGUUUUGUUAAUACAGGUUUUAUCUAGCUUUAUUAAGACGAAGAGCUAGAUUCCUAUGGUUUGUUACUAUACGUUUUUUAGCAGAAAUUUUCACAUCAAUACGAAGCAUGCAUUUAAUACUAAGCAGUAGUCUUUGGUUACGUUUGUGAGACAAAACAGAUGAGAUGAGAAAGAAGAAGCCCUUUUCCUCUGAAUCUUGAAUUAGAAUUUUUUUUUAAAGCCUUCAAUUCUUAUUUUUGUCACUGUCUUCCCAUUUAACCUUGGACAGAUGACUUUAUCAUCUUUCUCCUACUCACUUUAUCACCUAAGAUUUCCUGUAAUAUUCUAAGAACUGGUGAGGUUGUUUAUGAAUUAGUCUGAACAGUAUUGGAAGAAAAACUGACAAUAGUCUGUUCUUGUUCUUCAGGGACGCUGUAUCUUUCAUGUUUGGAUCCUUUUUCUUAUGUCACUUUUUUUCCUUUUGUUUGGUGUCUGUUGGUCAUUUGUCUUUCACUAGAAAUAGUGUUGGUUCUUGAAGAAAGGUAUGGUCAAAAUAAUUUCAUUUUUGUGGAAAAUGCAUUACGAUGGAGGUCACAACUUGAAGUUUCUAGAUUUGAUGAAUUUCUCUUCAGUAAUAGUCUAUUCCGCAGUUCUACAAAUAAUUGAGAAAGAGCUGUGUGAUGUUUAAAACAAGAGAACAGCAAUUUACAAGUCUAAAGCAAAGGAAUUGUCAGUUUCACAAAUACUCCUAAAUAGAAUUAUUUUCACUUUAAAAUUUGAACACAUUGAAUCAAAGCAGUUAGAUUUUAGAUGUUUUAUUAUUUUGUCAGAAAAGGGUUUAUGCAUCAUGCUUUCCUUAAGGCAUAAUUAUAUUGUCCCUGUUUUGACUCCCCCCCUCCCCCUGUGGGCUAGUGCUUCAAUUGGAAAAAAAAAGUUCCUAAGAAAUGAUAGUAAUUAAAAUAUGUUAUAACUUGAUAUUAACAUUCCGAGGGUGGUAUUAUCUUGGGAAAGAGUAUGGGCUAGAGACAGAAGAUCAGAAUUUUAGAUCUAACUUUGCUUGCUGUUCAUUAGAUCUGUGACUUUACUGAUAACUCUUCCUGGGCUUCAGAUCUCUUGCAACUGUUAAAUGAGAAGUUUGGAAUAGAAAUCUCUGGUUUUCUCUAGGUCCUACAUUUAACGAUUUGUAUUUUUAGUUAGGUGUCAUUUUGUUGUAUUCAUGAUGAUCAAAUCCCUGUAAGAAAUGCUGUACUAAGAGUAUAAAUUUCUUUAUGCUUUAAUAGCCCACAUAUGGUACUAAAAAUGAAACUUUUUAUUACUCCUGGUGAGAUUCUUUAAUAUCAACCUGAACGAUUUGUUUUUCUUUCAGAAAUCGAUAAUCAUUGUUUGUUGAAAGUCCAGAAUUGCAUUGAAUGUCUUAUACCUCUGUUUUUUCUUUCCUGUAUCCGACAGAUUUUUGGUAACAGCUGGCCCAGGUUUCCACUGGUGCUUGAUUUGUACCAUUGCGUGAGGAGUGAGCUACAAAAUGUUUAAAAACAAAUACUAAGCUGAACCUAAAUUUUAAUAGAGGAAGUGGUUUAAAAAUAUAUGUUAAAGGCAAAACACAUCCAUGGUGUUAGAGGUUUUGAAGAAAUUGUUUGACUUUGUACCAGUGUGUUGCUGUAGGUAACAAGAUGCACAGUAAGAUCAGAUUGUGGUUGAUAGAAGUUUUCACAUAGGCUUCUAGUUUGCGAUUCUUAUUAUGUUUCUAAGAAAUUUGGUACAUGAGUAGAGGUAUCAGAGAAAAAUGUUUAUAAAAACAGCAAGAUGACUCAUUACAGCCAUUUUCUACGUUGAUGAGGAAAAGGCAAUUCUGCCUUAUUACAAGGGAUGUUCUCAGUGCGACCUGGGAACUCUUCAAUUAAAUAGUAUAGUAAAACACACUAAUUUUUUUUUAAAUAUCUAAUUGUGUCUUCUAGGCCUUCCUUGAAGUUUCCCAUGUCUCAAUGGACUCCUGUAUAUAGCGAGCUUUCUACCUUAAAAGUGGAUAUGAAGAGUGAGAUUCCUUCUGAUGCGCCAAAGACACCGGAGAGUCUGAAAGGGAUCCUCUUGCAUCCAGAGCCCAUCGGGGCAGCCAAACGUUUUCCUGCAGAAGUUGAGAUGAUUAAUAGUAAAGUGGGGAAUGAAUUCACUCACUUGUGUGAUGAUUCUCAAAAACAAGAGAAGGACAUGAAUGGUAACCACCCUGAGCCAGAGAAAAGCGUUGUUGUAAGGAAAAAACGCAAAGGCCAGCAGGCUGGCCCUUCGUACGUGCAGAAUUGUGUUAAAGACAACCAGGGAAUAUUAGGAUUGCGACAGCACCUGCAAACACCAAGUGAGGAAGAGAAUGAUUCCUCCUUUAGUGAUUGUCUCUCCUCCCCUUCGUCUAGUCUGCAUUUUGGAGAUUCUGAUACUGUGACUUCGGAUGAGGACAGGGAAGUCUCAGGAAGACAUUCCCAGGCAGUUUUGAGUGCUAAAAGUAGAACUCACAGUGCACGGUCCCAAAAGUGGCCUCGGACUGAGACAGAAUCUGUAUCAGGAUUGUUAAUGAAAAGACCCUGUUUUCAUAGCAGUUCAUUAAGGAGACUUCCGUGCAGAAAGAGAUUUGUGAAAACUAGUUCCUCACAGAGGACACAGAAACAGAGAGAGAGGAUCUUAAUGCAGAGGAAGAAGCGAGAGGUGCUGGCCCGGAGGAAGUAUGCCCUGCUCCCCACUUCUAGUAGUUCCAGUGAGAAUGACCUCAGUAGUGAGGCUUCUUCCAGCUCCUCCACUGAAGGAGAGGAAGAUCUGUUUGUUUCUACCAGUGAGAACCACCAAAACAAUCCCGCUGUUCCCUCAGGAAGUAUUGAUGAAGAUGUUGUGGUGAUAGAAGCUUCCUCCACUCCUCAGGUUGCUGCCAAUGAAGAAAUUAAUGUUACCUCAACUGACAGUGAAGUGGAGAUUGUAACAGUUGGUGAAAGCUAUCGGUCUCGUUCAACCCUUGGACACUCCAGAUCUCACUGGAGCCAAGGUUCCAGUUCUCAUGCCAGUCGGCCCCAGGAGCCGCGGAGCCGCAGCAGGAUUUCCACUGUCAUACAGCCCUUGAGGCAGAGCGCAGCGGAAGUUGUGGACCUAACUGUUGAUGAAGAUGAGCCUACUGUAGUACCAACCACUUCUUCUAGAAUGGAAUCACAAACUACAAGCGCUUCCAUGAACAAUUCAAAUCCAUCUACCUCUGAGCAGACCUCUGAUACUGCUUCAGCUGUCACCAGUAGCCAGCCUUCCACAGUGUCAGAGACUUCAGCUCCUAUUACAAGCAAUACUACCACUGGUACUUCUAUAGGAGAUGACUCAAGGAGAAGCGUGUCGAGCGCGGUAGCGGAAACUGGCCCCCCUGCGAUGCCGCGGCUGCCUUCCUGCUGUCCCCAGCACUCGCCGUGUGGAGGACCCUCCCAGAGCCACCAUGCACUAGCACAUCCACACACCAGCUGCUUUCAGCAGCACGGCCACCACUUUCAGCCCCACCACCACCACCACCACCAUCCUGCUCACCCAGCUGUCCCGGUUUCUCCUUCCUUCAGCGACCCUGCUUGCCUUGUGGACAGACCUCCACAAGUGCAAGCACCUUGUGGAGCAAAUAGUAGUUCUGGUAGCAGCUACCAUGACCAGCAGGCGUUGCCAGUGGACCUGAGCAGCAGUGGUAUCAGAAGUCAUGGAAGCAGUGGUUUUCACGGAGCAUCUGCGUUUGACCCCUGCUGCCCUGUUUCUUCUUCCCGAGCUGCAAUCUUUAGCCAUCAGGCUGCUGCCGCCGCCCCGAGUCAACCAUUAUCAAUAGACAGCUAUGGAUCGAGCAUGGUUGCGCAGCCCCAGCCCCAGCCCCCUCCACAAGCCUCGCUCUCAUCAUGUCGACAUUAUAUGCCACCUCCUUAUGCGUCUUUGACAAGACCACUUCAUCAUCAAGCCUCUGCCUGCCCCCACUCUCAUGGAAACCCCCCUCCUCAGACUCAGCCUCCACCUCCAGUGGAUUAUGUCAUCCCUCACCCUGUGCAUGCUUUCCAUUCUCAGAUACCUUCUCACGCAACAUCUCACCCUGUGGCACCCCCGCCCCCAACUCAUGUAGCCAGUGCGGCCGCGCCAGUCCCUCAGCACCUUGCUCCUGGGCACCAGCCGGUUUCCCACCACAUCCCCGCUACAGCGCCUCCGGCACAGAGACUGCAUCCUCCUGGGCACCAGCCGGUUUCCCACCAUAUCCCAGCAACGGCGCCUCCGGCACAGAGACUGCAUCCUCAUGAAGUGAUGCAAAGGAUGGAAGUUCAGAGGAGGAGGAUGAUGCAGCAUCCAACGCGGGCACAUGAACGCCCCCCACCCCACCCACACAGGAUGCACCCAAACUAUGGUCACGGGCAUCAUAUUCAUGUGCCUCAGACUAUGUCCUCACAUCCUCGACAGGCUCCAGAGAGAUCUGCCUGGGAGCUGGGAAUUGAAGCUGGAGUGACUGCAGCCACUUACACGCCUGGUGCAUUGCACCCUCACUUGGCCCACUACCACGCACCGCCUCGACUUCAUCACUUACAGUUGGGAGCGCUUCCUUUAAUGGUUCCUGACAUGGCAGGCUAUCCACACAUCCGUUACAUAUCAUCGGGACUGGAUGGAACGUCGUUCAGAGGUCCUUUCAGGGGCAACUUUGAGGAACUGAUUCAUUUGGAAGAAAGAUUGGGGAACGUCAAUCGUGGAGCAUCCCAGGGGACAAUUGAAAGAUGUACAUAUCCACAUAAAUACAAAAAGAGGAAACUGCACUGCAAACAAGAUGGGGAAGAAGGGACUGAGGAAGAUACAGAGGAAAAGUGCACUAUCUGUUUGUCUAUUUUAGAAGAAGGUGAAGACGUGAGGCGCCUUCCGUGUAUGCACCUUUUCCACCAAGUCUGUGUUGACCAGUGGUUGAUCACCAACAAGAAGUGCCCCAUAUGCAGAGUGGACAUUGAGGCCCAGCUGCCAAGUGAAAGUUGACACCAUGUCUCAGAACUCUUGCCCUCCCUCUCCUUCCCGUACUUCCUGGUACUGCAGUCAACCAAAGAUGGCAUGACUUACCUGCGCAGAUUUGGAAGCAUUGAACUUAGAGUGCUGGCUCUGCUAUAUGGUACAACUGAUGCUAGACCCACAGUUAAUGUAUACAGUUGAUUUUGAUGUAUUUAUAAAAGCUUUUUUUUUCCUAGAUUUGACAUUUUUCCUGUAUCAUUUUACUGUAUUUUUGCAUGAUUCCUUGUAUUGCAUUUCUUUGCACAUAUUAUGGGCUUGUGACCCUAAACUUGCAGGCAAGAUUAGCUGCUUUAGUAAGUAGGAUUGUGUGGUCUUUUUUUUACCUAGUACCAGGCCUUGAGAAUAACGAUUUUUUUAUCCAUUACUAACCUUCCUUUAAUUUAAUCAAUCAUGUGCUUUAGUUUAAUGUAUAAAGAUCCUCUAGAAAAUGAUAAUAUUGUGUAUUAAGACAUUCCUUAAUUAGGACAAAAUGGCUGCUGUAUAUUUCCAAUAUGGAGCUCUGAGUUUAAAUAUCAUCCUUAGUACUGGGAACAGAAUACAAACCAUAUUCAAUCAGAUGCAGGUGGUAUUCACAUCACCAGAGUGAUCAAUAUGAAUUUUCUUGGUGUAUCCUUUUCCUUUCAGCACAGUACAGAUAGAGUUGAAUAUUGACAUCAUGCGUUUAAGACUGCUGUUCUGAUUGUAUUUAUCGUUUUCCUGCAUCAUUUGGAAAUUUAUUUCCCUGACUCAGUUUUUGCUGCUGUGAAACAGCUCUAAUGGACACUAAAGAUUAAUUUCAAUUAGCUGGAUUGUACAUACUUGCAGAUUUAACAAAACUUUAGGGAAAUUAAAGAAGACAUGUAGAAUAUUGUUCAGUCUUCUGCUAAGCGCAUAUAGUUAAGAUAUCUGCUCACAUUGAUUCUGUAAACACAUUCAGUCCAGGUUUAGAACUGCAGUCAGUGGCAGGUAUCUGUGCAUUCAUAGAACAUCGAAAGGUCCCAGGAUCACUUGAAGGGAUUUUGGUUAGUUUAACGAUAAAUAAAGUCAGCUGAAUCUACAUGUCUCUUGUUUUAUUUCUCUCUAAACUUGAAAAACAGUAAAUCUGCAGAUACUGUGAGGUACAAAUUAUACUGUCAACCUACUGUUGCUCUGGUUAUAGCCGCCCACUUCACACAUUACCAAGAGUCGAUCACUGAUUUAAAAUUUUUAAUUUCUAUAGUUAAGAUUUACUGCAUAAUAUAGAAUAUAAAGUUAAUGUACUAACACUUCUCCUUUGGAGAAAGUUUUAAUCCACUUCAGGAUGCAUAUUAUUAUCAAGAUACUUUCAUACACAGGAUAGCCUAAUUUUAUUUGUUCAGAUAUGCUUACUAUGCUCCAGCUUGCAGAUGCAUCCAGUCAGUAAUAUCACUGUCUGUCUGUGGAAGCCAUGUUCCCACGGAUCAUAUGUGAAGAUGUCAGUAAGCUUGCAUUAAGCCACCUGCUUUGUAAGUGGAUUGCUUAAUAAAUAACUUCUAUUUCUAU